AUCUAAAAUUACUUUUAUCACUAUAUAAACUCUUGAAUCGUGAAUUUCUGAAGUGGUAACACUGUUUUAGAACGAAAUGACACAAAUUUAGAAACAAAUUAUUUGUCACGUUACAAAAAUGACUAUUCAUAUAUCGAUUUCGUAGUGUUUAUGUCCAAAAAAUAUCGAAUAAAUUUCUACGUCGAAAUCAGUAAAAAAUUGUUAAAUUGAAUUGUUUCUAUUCUGUCCUGAUUGUUUUUCACCUUGUGUAAUAUUUGUUGCUAAAUAGAUUAAUGGAUAAAAAAAUCGUCUAGAGAAUUUCAGUACAUGAAUGAAAUAUAUAGGAAACAAAUUUUUCAUAUCGGUGAAUUCAUCAAGGUAUGAUCGUAUAACCUCUCAAGCAUUAUUAUUGUUAUAUUUAAUAAUAAUAUUUACUUUUUAUUUUUCUUAGCUCUCUUUUUUCUCUCUUUCUAUAUAUAUUCUCUCUCUCUCUCUAUAUAUAUGUAUCGAUAAUUGAAGAGAAAAUAAUAUUAAGAUAUAUUCAAUAAAAAUUAAUAUCAAACUCUGAAUAGAAAAGCAAGAAAAAUUAAAAAUGCGAGUGAAUGUAAAUGCAUUACAAGUAUUAAUACUUUUAUUUGUAUUUCAAAGAGGAGAAUCGAAAGCUAUUAAAUGUUAUCAAUGUAAUAGUAAAAAGGAUAAAGAUUGUACUAUCAAUACGGUAGAUAUAAGAUAUUUGAAGCCAUGUCCUGCGUCACAACCAUUUUGUCGUAAAGCUGUGUACAUAUAUUAUUUUAUGAAUUCUCGAGAGUAUAUAAUAAUACGUGAAUGCGCAAAAUGGUGGAACAGUGACAAGGAAUGUUACAGAGGUCGUUAUCCACGUGAUAGUUAUCAAUAUGUAUGCGAGUGUAAGAAUACAGGAUGUAAUCGAUCGACGAGAUUCUCAUCGAAAACUAUUAUUUUUUUGUACAUUUUGUGUCAAAUAAUUAUCUUUAUUGUUGGAAAUCCUACCUGACACAAAUGCAUCUUUGAAAAUAGACUGGAGACAUUUAAUUGAUUAUCAUGACGACAUUCCUUUAUCAAGACAUUCUCGCAAUAAUUUUACUUACGAAUAGAGUAUAAAAAAAAAACACAGUUGUUGAUACAUUUACGAUAUAAAUUUAAUAAGUCUGAACGAUUUUUUGUGUAACAAAAUGUAAUAGAAAUAGAAUGUAUAUUAUACAAAUAUGAAAAAAUAUGUAAAAUGUAUGUAAAAAAAAAAUAUAUAUAUAUAGCGAGAGCACGAGAGAAGAAUGUUGUUUAAAUUAAAAAGAAAAAGGGAAAGCGCCAUUGUGAUUUUCUUACAACUUAUCUGAAUAAAGAAAUUUUAUUAUUUUCAA